AUGAGUAAAACUGUGGUAUGCCGUUUUACUUGUAUUGUUUUGCAGGUAGUUAUUCGCCGGCUUCCUCCUAAUUUUACUAAGGAUCAGCUAGAAGAACAACUCCAUCCACUUCCAGCUCAUGAUUAUUUUGAAUUUUGUUCCUCUGAUCCCAGUCUUUAUCCCCACCUCUACUCAAGAGCAUAUAUUAAUUUUAGAAAUCCUGAUGACAUCCUUCUUUUUAGAGAUCGCUUUGAUGGCUAUGUCUUCAUUGAUAAUAAAGGUUUGGAAUAUCCUGCUGUUGUUGAAUUUGCACCAUUCCAAAAGAUUUCUAAAAAGAAACUAAAGAAGAAAGAUGCAAAAUCUGGAAGCAUAGAAGAUGAUCCAGAAUAUAGAAAAUUUUUGGAAAGUUAUUGCGCUGAAGAAGAAAAAAUAUGUGCCAACCCUGAAACACUUCUGGGAGAAAUUGAAGCAAAAACAAGAGAACUCAUUGCUAGAAGAACCACCCCACUUUUGGAAUAUAUUAAAAAUAGAAAAUUAGAAAAACAGAGAAUUCGAGAAGAGAAAAGGGAAGAAAGGAGGAGAAGAGAAUCAGAAAAAAAACGGCUAAGAGAAGAUGAGAAACGGAAACGCCGAGAGGAAGAAAGACGCAAAAGAAAAGAAGUUGAGAAACAAAAGAAAAUUGCUGAAAAAGAAAUAAGGAUUAAGCUUCUUAAGAAACCUGAAAAGGGAGAUGAACAAACUACAGAAAAGCACAGAGAAAAAGAAAAAGGUGAUAUUGAAGACAACAAAUGGGAGAAAUCACCAGGACAUGGGAGUUUAAAAUCUAAGCCACUGGAAGUUCCUCUAAAGGAACUUAAGGAAAAAUCACAAAAUGACAGUGAUAAAGAACAAAGAGAUUCAGAGAGAAGAUUUCGUGAAAAAGAACCUGAGAGACAAAGGUAUCGGUUGGAAGAUGGCCGAAAGCACAGAACUCACUAUGAAUUUGACAAAUAUGUGAGACGGAAUGAAGAUGAACCGAAGUGGGAGAAAGGGUACAACCAAGACCGAGGAAAGAAAGUGAACUACAACUACAGCUUCACUGUGGACACAGUAGACAAACUGGGUAAAGAGGACAAGUGUGAUGACAUGGCAUCCAAAAAGGAGCGCAUAAGAAAUAAGGAUCGCCCAGCCAUGCAGCUGUAUCAACCAGGAAUUCGCAUUCGAACACAUAUGGGACCUACAAGUAGGUUCUAUGACUGUGCUGAAAAAACUUCUCAAGAAGUUUAUGACAGAGGUUUUGAGGCAGACAACUCAGCUGGUGGUGGUUCUGAGAAGAGUGAAGAUGUAGAAUAAAAUGGACAUUCAGCUUUAAGAUUUACUGCCCUACAGAGAACUGAAUGUUUUUGGAACUUGGCCGGCAUUGCCAAGAAAAUUCUAGUAGGCAAUCUCAUUCCUUUUUAAAGUUUUCUGUAAUGAGUCUGGUCCUCAUGAAACAUCACAUAACGUAAAUAAGAAUGCGAUUUCUUUUUUCAAAAAAAGGAAAGGACUUGUCAGCCUUGGAAUCAAAUUAAAGCUGGUUCUCUUCUUUCUCCAUGUAUGAGGACAGUAUACUAUCAGCAUAUGAGGAAAAAUAUGUUUUCAAAAUUUCUAUUGAUACAUAUGUAGUUAUUGUAUGUAUUUGUGCUAGGAUUAAUUUCAUACACAUCUCUAUCUUCUAACACAUUCAAAUGUGCACAUCUUUGCAUAAUGGAAAUUGUUUUCCUACAUACACAAAGGGUAUUUUGAUUUGAGAUGUAGGGAAGUAAUUUUGAGACAAUAUUGCUGAAAAUUAUGCUAGAUUUUAGAAUGUAGAGUUUGGAAGUUCUACUAAUUCCAAACAUAUUUUAACUUGCUGUGUUUUGUGCAAAACUUUUGAGAAAUUGCUACAUCUGCUAAACAAAAGGAAUAUUUAAGAUAUUUAUUUCCAGAUACUUUCACUAAAGCAUAUUUACUAUCUUCUACAAAUAACAUUAAUUAUACAUGUGCAGUCCCAAAGGUGCUUUUCAAAUGUCUCCAUAGACAUUUUCACACUCCCAGGUUUGUAUGUACAUAUCUAAAAGUGUUGUCAACAAAAUAUUUUUAUCUGUG